UCUGGGGCUGAUGUCGUUUCAAUUUCAUCCCUAAAAAUAGUCUCAAUUUUCUUCAAAAAGUUACGCGAUAAAAAAACACCUUUUCGAAAAGCGGUCAGUGCUUAAUUUACAAAAGUGUCGUUUCCUGCUGUUCAAACUUGAACGACGCGCGGUUUCUUAUGAGCUCUAACUAAUCGCUUUCAAAUUAUUAAAGCGAAUUCAUAACCCUUCGUGCAAACGAGGAUUCAGCAAUCUGCCGGCAUUUUUUAUCUUGCUGUGUUGGCUGAGAACUCUUACCCUGUAAACUGUAGUGGCACUGUACAGUAGUGACAAUGGAGAGGAAAGGGCAGAGCAAGGAGGGUGCAUGCUGAGGAAUUCGACACCUCGAAGCCGGUGCGAGUACCGUCGGAAGGUCCUUAUGGUAGCUGACGGUUGUGCGGGUGCCGUGCCAAACGAGAUCCAGGGGCUGAAGGGCUGGCCGCGUCGCUGGAGCCAGUCGACCAAUACCUAUAUUUAGAAGAAUGGCCGACAGGAACCGAAACUUCCUUCGAGACAGUCCUAGCGACGCGGUGAAGCACCUCAAAAGCCACAACAACAACCAUGAUUCCGGUGUAACAAGCCCAACACGAAAAGAGGGACUCUAUGUAAAGAAGGACGCCAGCAACUAUCAACGCCUCGUGAACUACCAUAAGGAUGACUUCUCCCCCAAAAAGGAUCCAGAUUCAACAAAAUCAACACCCAAAGAGCUCAAAUUCAAGGACAGAAGGAGAGGAACAGCUCCUAUCGUCGGCUGGCACAAUGGAAGCCCCACGGUUUUCCCUAGCACUCCAGUUAGCUCUCCUGAACAAGAAACUCUUUUAAAAUUUGAAAGCCUUACCAGCAAAAACUCUGAUGCGUCUAGAGUCGAUGGGACCGGAAUUGAUGAGGCCUGGAGAGAUAACACCAAAACAGAUGUUACAAAAGUAGAGUCCAAUGGUACCAGAGCAAGAUCUAAUGAAACCAGAAGCUCCUCCAGGAGUUCUGGGAUUGGACAAGAUUCAAAUAACACAGAGAAUCUCAGCAGCAUCGCUGAUGAAAGGUUGAUGCUGACCACCCCACCCUUCACCAACGACAGAAGCGUGGAGUCUUUAACUCUAGAUGGAGACGCCCAGUUGACGACCAACGAGGACUGUAGCAUUGGAGACGAAUUUCAAAACAAGAUACAUCUCCUUAGUCCUGGAACCGACUGUACCGAGGAUAGAAUCCCGGCAACUCCCACUGACCACUACCUCACCUCACCUAAUCUCACUGUUGGUACAAGUCCAACCGACAGGAGCGAACAAGAUCCCGAGUCAAAAAAAUCACUAGAGAAGACUCAGGGGAUCCUUGUUUACAGGAAAUACUCAGAUCCAGACACAAUUUUAAUUUCGAAUACACGGUUUCAAGAUCUGGAGAUAAAGGACUCGAUAGAUGGAUCAGAGAGUGUCUUGGAGAUCUAUGAUGAUGGAGAAGGGCUGGAUUCCUUAAGUGAAGAGAUAGAGAGCAGGAAACCUAAGAUUCCUGAUGGAGGUUGGGGAUGGGUCGUGGUGAUGGCAUCACUGCUGAUUUCGAUGGUGGCCGAUGGGGUUUCCUUCAGUUUUGGGCUUUUAUACAGUAAAUUUCUGGAGGAGUUUGAAGCCUCGAAAGCCAAAACUGCCUGGAUUGGGUCCCUAUUUAUGGCGGUUCCUCUACUUUCUGGCCCAGUGAUGUCAGCUUUGGUUGAUCGUUACGGAUGCAGGAAUAUGACAAUUGCUGGGGGACUGAUCUCUGGAUUUGGAUUCGUCCUGAGCAGCUUCAGUAACAGCAUCGAGGUAAUGUACCUGACUUUUGGCGUCCUUGCGGGGCUGGGUUUGGGUCUGUGCUACGUCACUGCGGUUGUGAGCAUCGCUUAUUGGUUUGAUAAGAAGAGAACUUUAGCUGUAGGUCUAGGGGCUUGUGGAACAGGUAUAGGGACGUUCGUCUAUGCACCGAUGACGUCGUUCUUUAUUGACGAGUAUGGGUGGAGAGGAACGGUGCUGCUCUUGGCAGGGACCUUCUUUAAUAUGAUAGUUUGCGGAACAGUGAUGAGGGAUCCGGAGUGGUGGAUCCUAGAGCAGAGAAAACAGAGUCUAGGGUCCCCGAAGAAGUCAACGGCGAGGUCAGAAGGAGGAAGGUCGCUGAAUAGUCCGAUUGAGGAGUUUCCGGGUGUAGAGGAACUAAGGAAACUGCUUAAAAGUGGACAAACCCCAGAGUAUUUGUUACAGAGUCUUAGAACGAGUACGGAAACACCAACGGGUGCGGAAGGCGGAGGAACUGCUUUUAGGAGUGUUGUCAAUCUACCGACCUUUGUGAGACAGAGUGAAAAGGUACCGUUGGAGGUUUUGGAAUCUCUUUCCUCUAACUCGAGACUCUACAACGUCAUUCUGGAAAACUAUCCUAGUAUUUUGUUGUGCAGGUCGCUUUCCGAUAAGAAGCUUGAGGAUUCGAAUGGCGAUGUCUUCAACAAGAGCGGAGUUACCAUGUCCAUGAGGUUACACGACUGGAUAAAACAAGCGACAGAUAAAGCUAAGCGUGUACAAACUCAGACAAAGGAUUCUCGUCCUGGAUCUCAUCAUGCCUCGACAAAGGUUCUUGCCACUAGAAGAAUGUCUAGGAAAGAUUUAGAGGAGACGAAUCCCUUACUGGCGAAGGAAGUAGCUGAAGCUAUGGCUGAGGCGGAAAGAGCAAAAUCUGUAUCAAGACACCACCUACCUGGCUUUUCAGGUGGUGUCGUAAGAACCGAUUCUCUUCCAUGGCUCAGGAGACAAUUUAAUACUAAUACUCACUACUUUAAAGAUAUUCGUGUGCACAGAAAUUCUGUUAUGUAUCGAGGAGCUGUAUUGAAUCUCCACAAGUAUAGACUGAGAGCUAGUAGCUGUCCGAACAUCUACAGAAACAGUAUGACGACUUUGGCUAAAGAGAAUGAAGAGAAAUGGUACAGCGAGCUGGUCGAAUUGCUGAAAGGCAUGAUGGAUUUUUCAAUGUUUCUAGAGUUGCAUUUUCUCCUGCUAUCCCUUUCAACAAUUCUGCUUUUCACUUGGUUUAUAGUACCUUACUUUUAUCUCGUUGAACAUCUCAAGAAAAACGGCCAUUCGGAAGCUGAAGGGUCUCUUUUACUCAGUAUCAUUGGCAUCACGAAUACUAUAGGAAUGAUCGGUCUUGGAUGGGCAGGUGAUCAGCCCUGGAUGAACGUGAGCAAAACCUACACCUGGUGUCUCAUUGCCUGUGGAAUAGCAACCAUCCUAAUGUCAGUUUUGACUCAUUACUACUAUCUUCUGGUGAUAACUGCAGCAGCCUUUGGUCUUUUCUUCGCCAGCAAUUUCAGCUUCACCCCUGUCAUCCUCGUCGAAUUAAUCCCCCUAGAAAGAUUCACAACCGCAUAUGGUCUCAGCCUCCUCUGCCAGGGAAUAGGAAACCUACUAGGACCUCCCUUAGCAGGAUGGCUUUUUGAUAUAACUGGUGCCUGGGACCUUUCGUUCCUCAUGGCAGGAAGCUGGAUUAUGUUCUCCGGAGUUCUCAUGGGAAUAAUUCCUUAUACCAAAAACAGAAAGAUUUGGGGCACUGGCCCUGUCGAAAUGGAAAGGGAGAGGGAAGCUUAAGCUUAGAAAAAUAAUUUAUUUCGCUUACAAUUCACUAGUCUGAAUGUCGAGAAUCUGUGACAAACUUACAUAACAGGCCCGAAGAGAGUGAUUUUUGGUCAAUAGAAUAAAUUGAGAGAAAGAGAGAAUUUGAAGUGUGAAUGGUAGUUGAAAUCUUGUUAAAUUUUUUUGUUAAUAAUGAAGGUGGAUGAAAUAAUCCUAAUUCGAUUUUAUCAGGAAAAGGUUUCAGUUCAGAGAAAUUUAAAUCAUAUCAAAAAGCCUUUGCUGAAACCUUUUUAAAAACUUUUCUGAAUUAUUUGAAGACAUUCCAAAAAAUUUUAUAAUUCAAGUUUGUGUACAAAAAAAUUAUUACGUAUCGUUAAUUAAACAAACCAUUUUCCUUCAGCUAGGAACAUUUUUGUGAAAUAUUGACACAGUUAGGAAUUGUUAUGUUUGAUAGAGUGAUUAAGAGAAAAAAUUUUGUUGAUAUUCAAUCUUAUUGAUUCUAAUGUGUUCUGGACAUGAAGUCAAGUUUUUGUGUACGCUUUCAAAUUGAAAGCGGUACCCUUUCUAUGUAUCUAUAAUAUCAUAGAUGUGCAUAAUAUUGUAUCAUAAUGUAUAUGAUAUUACAUCAUACAUUUUAUAAUAAUUAAUUUAAAACCUUGCAGUUGUUUUCGACCUCAAAACUUUGAUUAUUUUUUGUUGUUGUAUUUUACUUGUUCUUGACGAUAAUUAUUAUAUAUGUUUUUAAGAAGAUCGCGCGUUUUAAAUAAAUAACUAGUAAUGAUGCUUAACGUUCAAAUCAACGUCGUUUUCGAUUACAAAAGUGUUGUUUGUGACGUCGAACAGAAUUAGUAUUUUUUAAUACUGGCCUUUUUAAGAACGUGAAUAAUAAUUAUUAGGGGGGGGGGGGCAAGUAACAUAUUUACAAAAUAAUCAAAGUCAAUGUCGAAACUGAAGCCCAAAUCGUCUUCACAAACGACGCUGAGUUCUUCAAAUUGUUCGGCUUCGGAUAACAAAACAAUUAAUUGUUAAUUUUUUGUUUUCUUUUUCGAACAAAUUUUUCAUUCUUUGAACGAACAUUUUUUUGAUCCUCCAAAAUCUUGGGUUUGGUUAAAUUAAUUAAGUUUGUUUUUGCUUAAGAAAAAGUUUGUUGAAAAAACAAAUUUUUUGCUUCUAUAAUAUAUUGAAACCAAAUCGUUUUGUUGUUCGAAAUCAGGGUGGCCUGAUGUCAGGGAAAUCAGGGAAGUCAGGGAAAUGUCAGGAAAAUGAAGUAGCUGUCAGGAAAAAUAGAAAUUGAUAUGCUUUAAUAUUAUUUCGGAAGAAUUUCCUAAUAUCAAUACAAAUAUUUUUGUAAUGUACAUUAUUUAAAAAUAGAAUUCGAUUCCUAGUUUUUUAUUCACAGUUAUUUAUUUAUUGAUAGUUUGGAUACAUGUCCUUUACUUAAAUUAAUCCAUACUGCUAUGUAAAACGCAUUUUUUUGGCUUGUUUCACUAUUUUGCUCGGCACAAUAUUGAAACUUUAUUCGCUUUUGUAAUACUUUCCUAUCACGGAAAUUGAUUUAAAUGACAGGGAAAUUGGAAAAUUCAGUCUUCUGGCCACCCUGGAAAUAAACAUUUUUCUUAUAGUAGGAUGAUUCUCAUCCUUUGCCUCUAGCACUGGUCGAUCUUAUGCCACUAGAAAAAAGUUUGUUCAUUCAACAAAAUCGUUUGGUUUACUGAAGAAUUUGGUUGCUUUAAUCAAAGUUUGUGCAAAUGAUCAAAAUUUGUGUUCAGUCAAUAGAUUUCGUUCUGUUAAUUUGAUUUAAUAUUUUUCCUAGUGUGGCAUAAUUGAACCAUUAUUGAACAUCAUACGUGCAUAAUAUAUCACAAGUGUCAUAGCAUAAAAUUGAAAUAACUUAAAAACCGGUAGUGGCCGUAGAUAGUUAGAGAUUUGAGUUGUCAAAUUUUGUAUAAAUCUGUCAGAUUUAAACACCAAGUGAAAAAGUCUUCCUAAAUUCAAAAGGAGUUUGAAUUAUGCGAUGCAAUUUCGAAUUGAUGUGAACCAUCACAAUUAUAUUAACCUGAAGACGUUGCAUUAUAUGAAUUGAUUUGAUAUAAUAUCAUAGUGAUACGUACUACAUUCCAUAAAGAACAUAAAAUUGAUAAAUAACUGAAAUUUUUGUUAAAAAUCUUCUUACCGUUUUGUUUGAUAGAACUUGAUUCAUCUCAAAGUGGCUAUACAACUUUAGUUAAUAACAACAUUAUUUGAGCUAAACUAAAAUCAGAGAGUAAAAUUUUAAUUUAAUUUUUAAAUCAUAAAAAAAUUUGGUUCUUACCAUGGAACAUUAAAAGGCCACUUUUUCUUUUCUUUUAUACAGUUUUUUUUUUUCUAAAGCGAGUGUCAGAUAAUUGUAGACUUAAAGACAGUAACAAAUUACGCUUACCGGAACAAAUGCUACACAAUGUACCAUUCUAAACCAUUGAAUAUUUGUGAAAACUGUCUAAAAUACUGUAGAAUUUUAAUAAUAAUGGAAAAAUAGAUGAUACAAUGAUUUUCAAAGUGAAGAAUUAAUCACGGAUUAAUAUUGAACUUGAUACUGGUAUUAGAUUCUGAAACAAAGUGCUGAGUUAAAUAUACUCUGAUGCUGUACAUAAAUGUGAUAUUACCUUAUAUUUAUUACUGGUGUGUCACAUGAUUAAUGAAUCCUAAAGUAAUUGGAUAAGAACAGUGUCGAACAAACUGAAAAAUUGUAGAAGAUUAGAAACUCUUUGUAUUGCGAAAAAAAAUCCAAGUACUUUUGAUAGAUUUUACAAACGUCGAUGCCUUUCAUUACAGGAGACUGGAGAAUUAAUUAAAAAAAUUUACAUGUAGUUAAUUGUGGCAAGUUUCAAGUUUUUAUUAAGUAAUUAUCAUGAAUUAUUUUAAUAGUCCAAUUAUUAAUAAAAAAUUAUAUUAAUUAUAGUUUUCCACUUAAGUUUUCUAAUCACAUUCUAUAGUUAACUGUAUUUUUAAUAUGCCAUUUUUCAACACUGUAAAAAUGAACUAGAAUUUGUAAUUUUUGAAAAAUGUUGUUCAUUGCAUUUUCUGUGUUCGACACUGAAUUUCCAAAAAAUCCAUUAAAAUUUUGAAUUUAAAUUUCUCGGGUCGUGCACAAUUCAUAAAAAAAUAACCGAUGUCUCUUUUUGGAACUUGUGACCUGACGAGUUUUUCGCGAUGUACAUUUUUUAGUGUGAACAGGUUUGUAAUAUGUAAUAAUGUAGUAGAAAUAAAACGUAAUAGGGAAAUUUGUACAAAUGAUUUAAUUUAUUGAUUAGAUAAAUUUGUUAUUAGGUUCGUUAUCUACUCUCAACAUUUUAAAAAGAAUUGAUUGGUGGGAAAAAGCGGCGAUGCGACUUCGAAUGCCUGUUCAUGUAUAUUGUUGUACUGCCGUUUUUACGGUAAUAAUUAUAAUGAUGAUAAUAAUAAUAUUAGCAAAUUGAGACACUA